UUCGGCUCAGUUCGUGCAGGCGAGCUAGACGAGCUCCGUUUACGUCGGGUCGGGCGUGAGGCGAAGCAGUCGCAGCCUCAUCGUUCACGGGACUCCUCGUUAUCUUUCGCGCCGAGAACUCGCCACCGUCGCCGUCGCCGUCGCCGUCGCCGUCGCCGCGGUAGUUGCGAUCGGUAGUGGUAGCCGACGUCGCGAGCCCGCACAAAGAGAGAAAGAGAGAGAGAGAGAGAGACGCCUGUGAUCAUGAAAAGUGUGAGAGUGCGUGAAAUCGACUAGCGUGCAAGGAGCAGCGUAUCGUACGGAAACACGCCCCAGACGACGGGUAAUGGCGAGCGAGUGCCGCAGCUGCGUCCCGUCCUCCUGAAUCUCGUCGCGACGUCAACGAACGUGGGAACGACGGGCCCGGGGCGUCGAUGAAGCAUCCGCGGGACCGACGCGGGGCCGUCGCACUAAUUUCGAAGACGCUCCUCUGCCGGCAGAGAUUUCCCGGUGGCGGAAAUCGCGCGGCAUAAUCCUUCCCCUUCCGCGUCGUGGCCCGUCCGCGGCGUACGGGAAGCAAUCUCUCGGUCGCGCGACUCCAGAGACCGGGGAACUCCGGGCGCACAGUCGGCGCGGAGCCUCGUUAUCUCUUCCGGUCUCCAGAUUUUCCGCAGACCCGAGCGUCGGGAAUGACUUUUCCGCGCGCGCGCGAUACGUCGUCAGUGAGACCGGUGGUGCGUGAAGGCGCCAAGUGAUAGCCGAGGAAACGGCGAACGACCGGCGGCGGGAGGUCGCGAGAUCGGCCGUAUGCGUCGAUCGCCCGCCGGGAUCACUCGCGGUCGUUGAAUCCAAGUCAAGGACGCGGGUGAGCGUCGCGGGGGGGCAGCCCGUGGACACGGGUGGGCGGACUCGAGGUCCCCGCCAGGACUCGCCGGAGGACUCGCGCGUUACACGCAACAGGAUUCAAAGUGCGGUGCCCCGGCCUCAGUGAGAUGGCCUUCAUGAUGAAGAAGAAAAAGUACAAAUUCUCGGUGGAGGUCGACCUCGAGGAGCUCACGGCGGUGCCGUUCGUCAGUGCUGUGCUCUUCGCCAAGCUGAGGCUCCUGGACGGCGGUUCUUUCGUCGAUCAUUCCACCAGGGAGGAGGUGCAGGAGCACACGGUGAGAUGGAACGCGAAGUUCGAAUUUUUAUGCAAGAUGAGCGCCAACGCGUCCACGGGCGUGCUCGAUCCGUGCAUUUUAAGGAUAUCUGUGAGAAAGGAGUUGAAAGGAGGCAGAUCCUUCCAGAAACUGGGCUUCACCGACCUGAACCUGGCCGAAUUCGCGGGAGCUGGCCUCUGCCGAAGAAGGUGCCUCCUGGAGGGCUACGAUGCGCGGCACCGUCAAGAUAAUUCUAUGCUACGUGUGGCUAUAAAAAUGAACAUGCUCUCCGGAGAUAUUCUGUUUAAAGUCCCUUCCCCGUCGUUGAAGCAGACGCAGCUGGCGGUGCCUGGGGCGCAAGGUGCACCUGGCGUCACCGGUGACGAGGUGACGGCAUCUGAGAGAUGCACUAAUCGGGAAGAUUACGUGUCUACCGGUUCAUUGGCGGGAAGUAUAGCAAGCGCCAGCAGUGGUUUCGGCAGUCUUCCCAAGAAGAGGCCCACACUCUUCACUUCCGAACUUCUCAGCGGAACGGAAACGUACGACCCGAUGACUCUCAGCGAGAUCGUACCGUCGGCGGUCCCGGUGGAGGCUCUAGUGGAGGCGCACACAGAAUCAGGGCACUCGCGCAACAGCAGUAAUACCAGUCAACUUAGCAAAGGGUCCGGCUACGGUUCUUUAAAUUCGCAUAGUCAGCACAGCAGACAGAGCAGUAGCGGUGAUAGCGGUCACAUUAGCCUCAAGCGAUCUCUUCAUUCUCAAUUUCUCGACCAUAACUACGAGACUCUGGACUCUGUAUCUUUUUUUUACUUUACGUCACCCUCCUGGCCGGUAUGGGCGCCACGAAUCCCCAAUUCCUCCCAGAAUCUGUCCACACAGCCGAUCGCCUAUCGGCCCGGCACCUGCAUCGAACCUCUGUCACUGCACCCCUCCUCCCUGUCGCACCUGGUCUCCAGAGCUCAGUUCUGGUCGGCAUCGAGCCCUCUCUCCUCGCGCAGCGGUCAGACAAUUGUGGAAAACCCGAUGAAAAUCGAUGUUAUCGCGAAGAACGUUUAUUCCGUCGGAAAGCAGCAGCAGCAGUCGCUCUGCGGAAUCGGGAACGGUUUCUUGAACGACAGCGACCCGCGCGACGACGCGAACGCGGACACCCGGGUGACGUCCGGUAUCUUCAGGGUGCCAGACGUGCCGCGACACUCGCGCAAGAAUUACGAGAGGAACAGCUUCGAGGCGUAUAACGAACGUAACGCGAUGAUGAGCUCGCUCGCCAAGGAGAGCAACGGGCAGCAGGGUAACGUCUUCCCGAUCGCGAAGCCGAGAAUCAGUGCCGCGGUUUGGCGCGGCAUGUCGAAGACCUGCGACUGCAUCGAGAAGGGCAAAACGAGCCCGGUGUUGCGACUGGUCGAUCAGGCUAGAGCCGUGUCCUCUCCCGAUCCUCUCCAUAGGCCCGACAAUCAAAGAGCCCCGCUACGUCCCACGACGACAGCUCAGACCCUCAGAAAUCCUUCCGGUGGUUCAGGUCUUAGUGAAACUGGAUCCCUGGAUCGUGCUAAGGCUGCGCUAGAGCGGAGGAAAAAAGCGGAGGAUGGUGCUGGUAAUCCUGUUCUCUGUAGAGUUGAAGUUACCAGGCCGAAUCCUGAUUCUCUUAUCGACGAGCUGCUUAAAGCAACAAAUUUAGAGCAUACGGAUCUUGAAAGUUCCGAAACAACUGGUCUUCAACUCUUCAUCGCGAAAGACGGUACGACUGCGCUUGGCAGUCACGAGGUGAAGAGCCAGAUGCCCGCCGGUGUGUUCAAGCAAGUGGUAAUGGAGGAGAACAAUAGGUAACACGAAGCCAUUACCACGAGGCGGCAGUAUGCAAGACAGGCCAGCGCCACGUUCUCGUUGGCUCUGGUGCCAGAGCUCGUCUACGAGGCCUACGAGCCUCGGUAGUCAGAAGAGAAAACGAUAAUGAUGGACGAGAGAAUCUUCGACUUGGGAGGAGCAACCAAACGCGACACGAAGUCGUACAUCCUCACUAGAUCGUUCUAGACUGUAACUCUCCUCCGUACAAAAAAAAAGAAUGCGCUUCGACGAUCUUCGUCGAACUGAUAUUCGUCAAAGCGGUAUAUUCGAGUCGAUUACUUCGUGUGAAAUCCAUUGUACGGAUUCGCAGGACCGAGGCUGAUUCUAAUCAUCCCACAUAAGUGUGCAUUAAAACGUGAAUAAUUGGACAACCGUGUACAACUUACGAGAUUGUUAAUUGCUCGGCUGACUGAAAUAAUUUUCAUACGUGGGUUUUGCAUUUUCGAAAACCCCGUGCAGUGAACAAAAUUUAUAUACAACAUUGCUGUUGACGAUGAACAAUCUACAACAGCUACAGGCUACGUGUAAAGCACAAUUUAAAGACAAAGUCAAGUAAACGAAUACCCAGAAUACAGUUUUCGAAACAAUUUCAAAAAGAUAAGUAUACAUAUUUUCUUUCUGAUAAUUCUUCCUGAUAAAUGAAGCACAAUGAUUCCCGUCGAGCGUGCUUCGCUUGGGAGGGAAGUUGUUAGUCAAUAAAGUUUUAGCCAAGAGGGGAUACAGAGCGUAGUAAAGAAAUACAGUUACAGAAAAAUGAUGUGGCAGGCGAAAUGCGGUCAAGGUCCGACGAAACUUCGCAAUGGGAAGUAACAUUGAGUAAAACUUAAGCGCCAACUUUAUUUAUCUACUUAUAGCAAUAUGACGACGAUGUCUUGCUAACAUCUUGGACUGUAAAGUACAUUGUAAAGUGACUCGAAGUCAGCGUGAAAAGAAAUAUCAAAUUGAGACAGUAUAUACAUAUAUCGUGAUUAUAUCCUUGUAUGAAAGUAUUCUUGACAGCAUUUCUGAUAAUAUUAUCCGAACGAAGAAUGUUUCCUCAGAAUGGCUCAAAGCGAUUUCCAAGAGGCAUCUCAGGAAAUUACAUUCUACUGAUAUUCUCGCUUUUAAAUUGUAGUUUUACAUUUCUGUAUUAACAAUUUAUGUCUGCUUUAUAUUAUAGCGUAUAUUUUUUUACCGUUUCUGAUUAUGUUCCGCUGCGCUCUUUCAUUGUCUGCGAAAUUCUCCUAUAAUUAAUCUAAAAGUGUGUUUAAUAUGCUGAAGAUAAAAUCAGCUGAAAUAAACGAAUCGGUCAGUUAGACAGUAAGAGAGAGAAUGUUAUAUAAAUUAAUAAUUUCAAACUUUGUGGAAUGUGUUUUGUGCUACUAAAAGCGUAGAACUAUACUUUGUAUGAAUAUAUUAUUGUUUUCAAGUAACUUUGCCUUGAAAAUGGCACAGUUUUGAUACUUCCUGAGCAAUUUCGAUUAUUGAACUGUACUACUUCUGAACUAGCCGAUUCACUUUUUUUUAAAAUGGAAAUAAAGUUGAAGAUAUUUUUCUGUAUGAUAUAAGUGUUUCACGACUGAAUAUACAUGUAUAGGACGUAUUAUUAUUUUGUAUUGUCAAGCUCGACGAAGAAUGGAUCACUGUUUCGUCGAACCUUCUCCAAAGGCCCGGUGAACUCGUCGCGACCGGCUAUCCGGUAGUAAUCUGUGUAUAUAGCUGUAGUAAUUGUUACGUAGGUAGAUAGCUGGUGUUGUAUACACACAUUCUCUCCGUACUCGAAUAAUCCUUAAUUGCUAGUGUACAUUGUGCUGAUGUCAAAAAUGCGAAUGCGCGCGUGUACUUGCGUAUGUGUGUGUACUUGGAUGAGUGCCCCUUUCUGAAAGUUUUUCGUAUGCCUGCCAGACGGGAGAAGGAAUCGUUAAUGCGAGUGCUUAGUAUGUCUGAAUCGUUGCAGAGGGUAGUGAGUACUUCCAGUGUCCGCGGGGCCCAUUUCGGAAAUUAAUUUGAGCGUCUUGGUCCUCGUGGCUCGCCGCAGAAAGAUAACAGAGUACGAGGUUGAUAAAAAAAAUCGCAAAUGCACAAACGCUUCUUCAAAGCGCUCUCCGAAGCAAUUCGUCGGUUUGAUCGCGUACCGAUCUUGAAUACAUCUUGCGAGCGACUUCCCCACGAGAAUUUCCAAAGUAUUUCCUGUUGGGCGCCGCUCUCAAGAUGGGGUCCGCUAAUUAUGUUAAACCGGGAAGACUGGUAGAAGCGGUGAUGAUAAUCGCCGACGCUUCGGCGGCAGAUACGUACCGUGUCCGAACGUGAAUCGCAGGUUUGAUAAUAAGCAGCCGUGCGCUGUACAUUUUUCUUAUAAAUAGGUCGAUACGUUCCUUCCAUCGUUGCGUUUUCUCUUCAUUUUUACGUACGUAUGUUUCUCCUUCUAGAUCAUACCCGAGUGCCGUUCGAUAUCACUCUCGAUUUUAUACGACCACGACCGCGUCACUCGAAUUCCGAAAGCGACUUCCGGAUUAACUAUCAACCGCUAUGGUGAGAUCGAAUCCAUUUCCCGUACGUCGCAUAUUUUGUAAAAUAACAGAAAGAUUGCUCAAUAUAUACGCGUAGUAACUUUACCUUAAAACAGGAUUUUCAAGGGAUUUGUAGGGAGCUUGUUGUAGGGGUUCGGUAAUUAUAGUUUGACAAAAGUAAAUGCUUGAAAGUUUACGAUCAUUUUCAAAAAGCAAAAAGUGUAGAAAGUAUAUUAUGUUUUAAAUUAAUUCCAGUUUUUAUUAAUUUAUUAUUCUAAUUAAUAUGUUUUACAUAUUUAUUAAUAUGUAUAUGUAUAUUAUCUGUAGCUUACAAUAUGACAAUAGAUAGAAAUAAUUGAAAUGUAUAAUUAGACUCGUCAGUUCUUUGAAAAUGAUAAAUAUAGUGCCAUUUAUUAACAAAAGAAAAACUGAACCCCCCACCAUAGUCAUGUUCUUCAUCCUCAAUCGCAGUGGUUGCGAGUUAAAACGCGAGUCGAUCCGCAAGCUUUCCCGUGGAUGCGCGCGAGAGUUAUUUUUUCAUUCAGACGUGCCGCCCGCGUACAACCCUUUUAUUUAUAAAAAUACGCGCGCGAUGACCAGGAGACGCGUAGCGGAGCGCGUCGCGUUCGCCGAUUGACGAUUAGUUAAUUUAUUGAACGACGUUUCUCGCGAAGGGGCGACUUUACGCGCGAGUAUUCCUCCCUCCCUUUCGAGUGAAACACCAAUGAUUCCUCGUUUCUUCUUUUUUUUAUAUAUGUUUCAAAAGAGAGGUGCAAAAAGUCGGACUCCACUCGUUCGCAGAGUCUUCCUUCGCAAGAAGCCACCACGGUCGCAGACCGUCGUUCUUUUUAUUCGCUCGGCAGAUAUUAAUGUUGUGAUAUUUUACGAUACCGUAACAAUAAAUACCGUUAUUACCUGUAUUAUUAUCAUCGAGCUGUAUUGUAAGCAAAAAUAUGCUAUCUUUAUUUCGGGGCGGGAGGGCGACCGCCACGCAAGUCCGCGGGUCGCGCGCGUGGCCGCCUUCCUUGAUUCGCAAUUGUUGACAUUUCGCGUCUUAUCUUUACUUUUGUCAGACGAAUACGAAACUUCCAUGUGCUGAUAAUAACAUUCUGAAAACCACAAA